AUGAAGAAGAAGAUGGCAACCAACACACUUGCAUGCAUUGCCCUCUUGGCUGUGGCUUUUUCUUUAGCUUCUGCUGCUGAUCCCAGCCCUUUGCAGGACUUCUGUGUUGCUCUUAAUGACUCCAUGGAUGGUGUGUUCGUUAACGGAAAAUUCUGCAAGGAUCCGAAGCUUGCGACAGCCGAUGAUUUCUCUUUUUCGGGACUGAAUGUGCCUGGAAACACAUCGAACCGGGUUGGUUCAAAUGUUACAUUAGUAAAUGUUGACAAACUCGCUGGCCUUAACACCCUUGGUAUCUCAAUAGCCCGUUUGGAUUUUGCGCCGUAUGGUCUCAACCCUCCUCACACGCACCCUCGCGGCACUGAGCUCCUAACUGUCUUGGAGGGCACCCUCUUUGUCGGUUUUGUUACCUCAAACCCAGAAAAUCGCCUAAUUACCAAGGUUCUUAACCCAGGUGAUGUUUUUGUGUUUCCCGUGGGACUCAUUCACUUCCAGUUUAAUGUUGGAGAAACCAAUGCAGUGGCCAUAGCUGGUUUAAGCAGCCAGAAUCCAGGAGUCAUCACUGUCGCAAAUGCAGUUUUUGGUUCAAAGCCGCCCAUCUCUAUUGAUGUUCUGACCAAGGCCUUCCAAGUUGACAAAAAUGUGAUCAACUAUCUGCAAGCUCAAUUUUGGAUGGAUAACAACAACUAG